AUGCAGCGACAGCUACUCCACAUUGCCAUCUUCGAUUCCAUCUGUUGGAACUUCCGUCCGCUACUGCUGCUCAAGCUCGCCCAGACCGCCCGCCUCGCACUUUACAAACAGGUGUUGUUGCAGUUGCAGAAGAGGCGGUUGGCCCUGGCAGCCCUCGCGGAGCUGAACGCUGUCACGACACUGCACGCCAUGUUUGGCGGCUCCCACACGCGCUUUGCGGCCAUAAUCUUCAACACAUUUGAGGCCAUCGUGCUCCUUCUCGGUCUCUGCAGCCACGCGGACUUCCCCUUUGACCAAGGCGAUUAUAAUAGCGUGAUUCUGGGUGUAAAGGCUGGACGGUUGACGCGCGGCAAGGCACUCCAAGCGGCGGAGCAGGAACUCCGUCGAUUGCAGAUGCUCGCCGAGGUCAGCGAGAUGGCUUCAUCUGGAGCACGCGUGGUGACCCAGCUCUUCAUCAAGGCCACACAAAACCAUGCGUCCGAGCCGAUGACACCGAUAGGUUCCAGUGGAAGCUCGGAUUGGCCGGACCCGUUGCUUAACCUGCUGGGGCUGGACGGCGACGACGUCAGACACUGGGCGUCCACAGAGCAUGCAAAUCCUGGUUUGUUGUCAGAUUCAAUUCCCACAAUCUCGCAAAUCGAUUCGUAUUCGGUAUUGCAGGAGUCGCAGUCGGGCUUCGAGGCGCCCUGA